AUGAACUCCCUCAACCUCAUCUCAUCCCGGGUCAUCGGCCAACCUCAACCAUCUCGGCCACGUUCGCAUUCUCAAGGUAAUCUCUUGAAAAAGGAUUAUUCUGAAGAAGCUCCAAGAGGGAGAACCUACACCGAUGAGCAUAUCCCCCAGCUGAAAAAAGAGUUCGAUUCCACCUUCUCUCUCUUUAAUCAAGACCCCACAUCACCAGGAGACGAACCAUCCCUCAAGGAUGAGCACGAUCAAGAAGAUGAGAAGUCCCCUCUGCUUGGCCUGGAUGAGCGACUCCCCGUCUCUGAGUGGGAUAAUGGCUGGAGGCGUUAUGUGAAGAGGUUGGCCGAUGUCAUUACUGCAAUCCUCGCCGCCAUUGGGGCUCCCGUCGUCUACGUUGCUCGAUGUUUCAGAACUCAAGAGGGCAAGUUUUCAAUUGUUCCACGUCUUCCACGCCGAGAUCGUUCGUCCUUGAGUGGUGCCACCAAAGCGAUUGGUCUGUCAGCCGCUACCGAAAAGCUCUCCAAUCGCCCUCUGCUUGAUGCAAAAUUGCAACACUCUUAUUCCAGCGACUCUCUGACCACCUUGGGUUCCGAUUCCGACAACGAUGCACGCAAGGCGGAUCAGAAUCAGGCGAGACCCAAGACCAAACAAGACAAAGCUGUUCGCCAGGAGUCGGAAACUCGGAGAUCGUCCAUCAGAAUCAAGGAACAGGACGCCGUCAAGCGUCGCAAGCAGAAAAAGGCCGGAAGUCCACUCGGUGAUAGCACCCCCCUCACUGUGGACAAUAUCAAGUCUCCUCGGUCUCCUUCUCCAUCAUUGCGUAUCACCAGGUAUCCUCAUGCACCUCAGCCUCCACGCCCAUUGAUCCCUAGACGACAACCAUCGUAUUCCAAUCUCAUCCCCCGUUCUCCCGGACGAGGCUCGCCUCCACAACAGAAGACGUUGGUUCUUGAUCUUGACGAGACUCUGAUACAUUCUUUGGCCAAAGGCGGCCGCAUGUCUUCGGGUCAUAUGGUCGAGGUCAAACUCAAUACCCCCGUGGCCCUCUCCGCUCCACAGCCAGGUCAAGCUACCCCAGUGAUAGGACCCCAGCAUCCCAUUCUGUAUUAUGUGCACAAACGACCACAUUGCGACGAGUUCCUCCGAAAGGUGUCCAAAUGGUUCAAACUGGUGAUAUUUACUGCCUCGGUGCAAGAAUAUGCCGAUCCCGUCAUUGACUGGCUGGAGGUAGAAAGGAAGUAUUUCGCGGGCAGGUACUACCGACAGCACUGUACAUUCCGCAAUGGAGCCUAUAUCAAGGAUUUGAGCAGCAUUGAGCCUGAUCUGAGCAAGGUGAUUAUUCUGGACAACAGUCCCGUCAGCUAUAUUUUCCAUGAAGACAAUGCGAUCCCGAUUGAAGGAUGGAUCAAUGAUCCAACAGAUAACGAUUUGCUUCAUUUGAUACCCAUGUUAGAGGCGCUGCAGUACGUGACUGAUGUUAGAGCUUUGUUGGCGCUACGGAGAGGAGAGGCAGAAGCAGCUUCGUAG